AUGGGCUGUUCCCAAGGUGGCUGCGUCUACAAAUACGACAUUGUCGGUCGUGAGAAUGAAAUGACCCCCAAGUUCCGCACCCACUGCAACGGCAUCACAGGCAAGAAGGUCCUCUGUGACGACAAGAAUAUCACAACCAUUGUUUCCCCUGCCGCAAACCCGGAGUGGAAUGUCGAUGUCACCCACUCCUGGAAAUCCUAUCUCAGUGACAGUUCCCUCGCGACUUGGUACCAGCAUGGCGCGAAGAAUGUUACCGUCCCUGACCACAACCCGAUCAAGUUUGUUAUGAAGCCUACUCAGGAGUACGGCAUUGCCUAA